AUGACAAAUAACAACAAUACAAACUACUACAACAACAACAACAACAACAUUAAUACCAACAACGAUAACAACAACACAAGCAAAUAUGAAUUCAUAACAACCAUUACGACAAGCAAUGGAAAGCUCAUUUGCACUUCAGACGCUUACAAUAAUAGUGACAUUAAUAUUGUUGUAAAAUACAUGUAUAACACAAAUAAUAACAAUAAUAACAACAACAAUAAUAAAAAGAAAAAGAAAAAUAAUAAUAUAAUUAUAGAUUGUAUUAGCUUCAUAAUUGAUGACCAAAAUCUAAACAAAACCAGUCGCAUUGCUAUCAGAAACAUUAACCGAAAUACAAAUUUUUACAACAACGAUUACAACAACAUCAUCAUCAAUCACACUAAUGACAUUAACAACAAUAACAACACGCCAGACAGUAAUUACAUUAACGAUAGUAGAAACAACAAGACGAACAACGGAAUUAAUUACUGGCGAAGUAGUAGUAAAACUUCAAUGUAUCUCAUUAGACACAACGACAGCAAUACAAACCACAUCAACAAUAACAUCAGUAACAACCACAAUAAUCUCAUUUACGACAGUGCUAACAACACUCACAACAACACAAUCAUCAAAACCAUUAGUUUUUCUAACAGUUUUUUCAAAAAAAAUUUCAAGGGCGUCAUUAAAAAUAAUAUUAAGAAUGAAAUUCUUUCAAAAAAUGAAGGAAUUAACGAUGACAACAACAACAACAAAAAUAGCAUCAUUGACAUCAAUAACAACAACAACAAAAUCAACACAACAACAACAACUAACACAGACGCGAACACUGCUACCCAAUUUUUCGACAACCAACUACAAAACUUUAACGACCCACAAACUUUUGAAGAUGACGCGACGAGAUUUUAUCCUUUGUAUGAUUGGCACAUUAAACAUCAGCCACAACUACCACAACCACCACAACUGCCACAACUACAACCACCACAGCUACCACAACUACAACCACAACAACAGCCACAACAGUACAACUCCAACGACGACUUUUUUUAUGACGUACCCAACAUUAACAGCAACGACAGCAAUAAUGUUGGCAUUGACAACAACAAUUUCAUUACUGACAACAACAAUUUCAUUACUGACAACAACAAUUACAACAACUAUUACAAUAAUGUCAACAACAACAACAACACAAAUUCCUUUCUACAUUUUAAAACGAUUAAAAAAAGAAACAUGGUUCUUUUUGACACCAAUAAAAAUUAUAACCAUAAAAAUAAUUACCACAACGACAACAGCCCAAACAACAACAAUAACAACAACAAUAACAACGUCAACGGUGACAUCAACAUCAACAGCAAACACAACGACAACGUCAUCAAAAUUUUUAUCCGGAAUAAUAGUUCAGUGCUUGACAACCCCACAAUGACUGACAUUAACGUCGGCGCUGAAAUAAAAACAAACCUACAACAACAACAAAAAGAGCAAAAUUAUUUCCAAAAUAUCUCCAAACAUCUACAACAAUUUCAAGAGCAUGCAGAAACAGAAAGAUUCAACCGCCAACAAAAUUAUUAUCAGCAGUAUCAACAACAAAGUCAACAGCCAUUUCAACAUAACCAAGAAAAUCAACAACCAUUUCAACAAAACCAACAAUACCGACAACAACAAAAAACCCAGCGACAACAAAACCAACAACAGCAACAACAACAAAAACAUCUCUCUUCGUAUUUUAUUGUCACUCAGAAACGUUUUCAACCAUUUGACAAUUUUAUAACUCGCACAGUUGUCAAAAACAACAACAAUAUCAACAAUAACAUCAACAAUAACAUCAACAACAACAAUUAUUUCAACAUUAAUAACACCAACAACAACACAGCUAACAACAUUAAUGACAACAACGAAGGUGAAAACGACAAAAUAUCGUACGGCAGUUAUAAUGAUUAUUACAACAACAACAACAACAACAAUUAUGAUAUUAGUGGGAACGACAACAACAUGUUAAUCUACAACGAUGAAAAUUCUUAUAACAAUUACAUCAACUCAUCAUCAUCAUAUCCAUUGACAUCAUCCUCAUCCUCAUCCUCAUCAUCAUCAUCAUCAUUUCAAUGGUCAUCAUCAAUUGACCUUGACACUUUGAACUACAUUGCCAUCGUGGGGUGCGUCUUAUUAUCCGGUAAUUUAAUAAUUUUCCUUUUCCUCUGCUACAGAAAACACCGCUGGUUUCGCUUUCGAUUUUUAAGAUUCUGCCCGAAAAAACCCAGAUCAAUCAAUCACCAUCCGCCCACGCUCGUCUCAGUAAUCGAUUGUCAUUUUUCGGAAUUCCCGGCAAAAUCGAAAGCGCAAAAAAUUACCAACGAGAAAACACGUGACGAGAAAAAACUUGCUGACGAAAGCAAGGGAGAUUACGAAGAACAUUACGACAAAGUUGGAAGUAGCGUUCAGUCGGCGACUUCAUCCUCGCCACACACGUCGUCAUCGUCAUCGCUGCUGGUGUCUUUGGCGGCAAACGCGCGACACUAAGCUACUGAGUGUCUAUUUAUGUGUAUAUGAGUGUGUGCGUGCGUGUGGUGUGGUGUGUGUUUGUUUUUGUGUGCGUGUGCGUGCGUGCGUGUCAAAUAAGAAAUCAUGACAGAUAUACAGCCAUUGGUAAUUUCGUUGUCAUUCUAUGUUUACGGUGAUAUCUUUCCUCGUUAUUAUUACCAUUAUUAUAUUAUUAUUAUUAUUAUUAUUAUUAUUAUUAUUAUUAUUAUUAUUCAUUUGAAUGGCAGUUUGAUUUCCUGGCGAUACAAAACGAUUUCAAUUUCGAGUCAAGCACACCAAAAAAAUUUUUUUUAUCUUUAUUUUCGUCGGAAAUGGAAGGAUGAAAAAAACAAAAUACAGACAAGAUAAUGAUCUUUAUUUUUGAGUUAUUUAGUUUUUUUUAUUUCUUUUUGAUUAUUUGUAAUAUUAAUUUAUAAUAAUUUCAUAAUUUU